GCCAGGACAUGAUUAUAGCUUGUCAAGCUUAUCUAAAAUAAAAGAUAAUAUAUAUAUCAACAUUUUUGAUGAAAUGAUUGUUGAAAAACAUGAGAAUCACUGUUUCAAGAGCUGCAGUGGUCAUUCAUAUAUAAGAAAGAAUUGGCUUGGAUCCAUUGUCUUCCCUUUCUCUGCCCUUCUGCAACAAUCUGAGUUUUCAGAUCAAAUAGAUGUUUUGGAGAGAGCACAGAUUUUUAGAAAAAAUUGUAAGGCAAUGUUUCCCAACCGAAGAAUCGUAACUACUGUUUUUAAUGAUGAAGGGAUACAGAUCUUAGUGACAAGAUAUAUCAAGGCAUUAAAUCCACCUCAACAACUCCUGGAUAUAUUUCUUCAUGAUUCUAAUGCAACCCUUGACCUCGUUGCUCGCUUUGUGUCUUUGAUUCCUAUUAUGCCUGAUGCACUGGAUGAAAAUGAUGGUUUUUAUAUAUGGAUGACAUCAGAGCGCUGCAUCAGCUUGGCUAUUGGAAAUAAGGAGGAGCAUGCCAUACUUCUCUGUAAUUUCUUUCUGUAUUUCGGAAAGAAAGCUUUGGUCCUUCUGGGAACCUCAAUGUUGGAAGGGCAUGUGGCUUAUGUAUUAACUGAAGAAACUGAUGAAUAUUUGCUUUGGAAUCCAUUGACUGGGCAAUGUCAUAAGCAGUUUGACUCAUUUUGUCCCUUACAAAGUGUAGACUGUUUGUUUGAUGAUGGAAAUGUCUGGUUUAAUAUUCAACAAAAUAAUACACCAAUGGCUGUACAUUUUGACUACUCAAAGGAAAGUUUCUGGAAACAGUUGCUUCCAAAAAAUUUUCAAGGGACAAAAGCACAAAGCAUACAGGUCGCAGGAUUUCCUAUCCAGAUGCCAUACACUGAUGUACAGUCAGUUAUUGAUGCCGUGUAUCAAACUGGAAUUCACUCCUCUGAAUUUCCCCAGACAGAAUUUGCUCUAGCUGUAUACAUUCACCCAUACCCAAACAACAUAUUAUCUGUGUGGGUGUAUUUGGCUUCCUUAGCUCGACAUCAGUGAAAAGGAAGAAGGGAAAGGAAAAGCUAAUACUAUGGGCCCUCAGACCAGAAGCAAACAAAACUUUUCUGGAACUUUGGAAUUUUGCCACUUAUCCUCAAGUCUAGCCAAGUGUGAGCUCAGUUUUUGGUUCACUUAUAGAGUUGGGCAGCAUGGAGACUCAUUUCCUGAGUCUUUGAGGACGAGUCUAGAUGACCUCCUCACUGGAGACCUCUACAUGGAGGACCUUUUGGGCAGUCUGGCAGCCUUGGGUUACUGUCUACAGUAGAUCUUAUUCUGGGAAAGAAGCAAUUCUGGCCUUUCCCUUUAAAGACAGUGGUACUCAGUUGUGGGCCUCACACCACCUCCAUCAAAAUCACCUUGUUGAAAAUGCAGAUUCCCACAUCCCACCCAAGACCUACUGAAUCAGAACUUCUGGAAGUGGAGCUCCAGAACCUACAUUCUUUUAAGUGAGCUCCCCAGGUAAUUCUAAUGAUAUGUUAAGAGUGAGUACCCUGCCUUAUAGAAUGUUGUCGUUACUCAAGUGAGGCUGGUGCCUUUGAUGCUGGUUCUGAUGCAAUUCCAGGUAGAAGUUAUUCAAGUAGAAACCUAAGGUCUUUAAAGGCCUCUCAUAAGAUAAAAGAUUAUUUCACUGGUUAAGAAUAAGAGGAAAAUCUGCCAUGUUGGGUUGA